ACGAGGGGAAGGAGGAGGGUGCCGGUGAGGGUGGAUGGGUGGGAGUGUUACUGUGUGAGAGAGAGAGAGAGGAUUCAAACGCUAGAGAAAAGGCCAGCGUACACCCGCCACAACUGAAAGCACAAGGAUUGUGUGAGUGUGUAGUGCGUGCUUGCGUUCGGAGUAACGGCGAUGUUGGAGCACUCGUCUGAGCUGGGCUUUGUGCCGAGUGUGUGUGUGGACAGCAUGCGAUACCCAUCCACCGUGAACAGCGCUGUCUCCAUGAGGAGCACAGAAGAACUGCUGCUGAGUAACGGUACAGCUGGGAAGAUGAACGGCGCCCUGGAACACUCGGACCAGCCUGAGCCGGAUGCCAUUAAGAUGUUUGUGGGUCAGAUCCCUCGCUCCUGGUCCGAGAAAGAGUUAAAGGAGCUUUUUGAGCCAUACGGAGCCGUCUACCAGAUCAACAUUCUGCGAGAUCGUAGUCAGAACCCACCACAGAGCAAAGGUGCUGGCGUGAGCGUUAAUGAGUGUGUUGUAGUAAAUGUGCCCCGUGUUUGUGUAAAUGUAACCCGUGUGUGUCCUGUGUUUCAGAUGCACCAUCCCAUACAGAUGAAGCCCGCAGACAGUGAGAAGUCUAAUGCGGUGGAGGACAGAAAGCUGUUCAUCGGCAUGGUGUCGAAGAAAUGCAACGAGAAUGACAUCCGGGUCAUGUUCUCUCCUUUGGGACAGAUCGAGGAGUGCCGUAUCUUGAGGGGACCAGACGGACUCAGCCGAGGAUGUGCGUUUGUCACGUUUUCUACCAGGGCUAUGGCACAGAAUGCAAUCAAAGCCAUGCAUCAGUCUCAAACCAUGGAGGGCUGCUCCUCCCCCAUGGUGGUGAAGUUUGCCGACACGCAGAAGGAUAAGGAACAGCGGCGGCUGCAGCAGCAGUUGGCGCAGCAGAUGCAGCAGUUAAACAGCGCGUCUGCCUGGGGCAGCCUGGGCAGCCUGACCGGCCUGACCGGCCUGACUGGCCUCACCCCGCAGUAUCUGGCAGUAAGAGGACACACCCACGCAGCCCUGCCAACCAGCAGCACAGCCAACGCAGCCGCCGCAUUGCUUCAACAAGCGACCUCCUCCAGUAACCUAGGAGCCUUCAGUGGUAUUCAACAAAUGGCAGGUAUGAAUGCUCUGCAGUUGCAGAAUCUGGCCACUCUAGCAGCAGCAGCGGCUGCAGCACAGAGCUCAGCCAGCCCGUCCACCGCUAGCGCCCUGACCUCCAGCACAGGGUCCCUGGGAGCCCUGGCCAGCCCAGCAGGUUCCACAGCUAACUCCAGUGUGGGUGCGAUGGGUUCCCUGGGUUCUCUGGGGACACUGCAGGGUUUGGCCGGGGCCACCGUUGGCCUCAAUAACAUAAAUGCACUAGCAGGUAGCAUCAACAUUGCUCACAUGCUCUCAGGUAUGGCAGCUCUGAACGGCGGGCUGGGCAGCACGGGCCUGAGUAACGGGUCGGCCGGGCCCAUGGACGCUCUCACACAGGCCUACUCAGGGAUCCAACAGUACGCGGCUGCCGCCCUGCCCACUCUCUACAGCCAGUCCCUACUGCAGCAACAGAGUGCUGCGGGCAGCCAGAAAGAGGGACCUGAAGGAGCCAACCUGUUCAUCUACCACCUGCCACAGGAAUUUGGGGACCAGGACAUCCUACAGAUGUUCAUGCCUUUCGGAAACGUGGUGUCUGCCAAAGUCUUUAUCGACAAACAGACCAAUUUGAGCAAGUGCUUCGGUAUGAACUGA